GAGGGCUCUGCCCGGAGCCGCCGCCAUCUUGCGGCCCACGGGGGCGCCGCGGGAGCCCGCCCGCGCCUUGCCCGCCCGCCCGCAUGGCGUCCUUGCCCCAGGGCGGCCGCGGCGCGGUCCAGGCUGUGCGAGCCGGAGGCUGGGAGCAAGAGCUCCGGGGUCUGCGGGCGCCAGCGGGCGACGUUCCGCGCCUUUGGCUGUUGACAGUAUUGAACUUUGAAGAAGAAAGUUUUGCAAAAAGAGAAUUCUAAGUGUGUGCUUGCUCAUAAUGGUCAGGGGAAAGAGGAAAACUGACUGAAAUCCUUGUGUUGAGGUGGCUCUUGUUAGCACCUGAGGACUACAGAGCUGUGCUGCCACUGCCAGCAGUCACACCCCUUCUGAGACUGGGUUCUUUCAUCCAUCCCAGGAUGGCUUUGGACUCCCUGUACAACCGCCCCUUCACAGAUGUAGUCACUACAAAUCUUAAAUUGCAGAAUCCAUCGGACAGAAAAGUGUGUUUCAAAGUGAAGACCACAGCGCCCCGCCGGUACUGCGUGCGGCCCAACAGUGGGGUUAUUGACCCAGGGUCAAUCGUGACUGUCUCAGUAAUGCUGCAGCCCUUUGACUAUGAUCCGAACGAAAAGAGUAAACAUAAGUUCAUGGUACAGACAAUUUUUGCUCCACCAAACAUUUCAGAUAUGGAAGCUGUGUGGAAAGAGGCAAAACCUGACGAACUAAUGGAUUCUAAACUGAGAUGUGUAUUUGAGAUGCCGAAUGAAAACGAUAAGCUGGGUAAAACUCUACCAGGGAUCGCGUCAGCUGUCACCUCAGUGAGCAGCAUCAGCAGUACAGUUGCAACACCUGCCAGUUAUCACAUGAAGAGUGAUCCCAGGGAGCUAAAAGAGGUGAAGCAGAACGACAUGGAACCUAGCAAAGCUGUCCCACUGAAUGCAUCCAAGCAAGAUGGACCCCUGCCAAAACCACAUAGUGUUUCACUCAAUGACACGGAGACAAGGAAACUGAUGGAAGAGUGCAAGCGACUUCAGGGAGAAAUGAUGAAGCUCUCAGAAGAAAACCGACACCUGAGAGAUGAAGGCCUACGGCUCAGAAAGGUAGCACAUUCGGAUAAACCUGGAUCCACCUCAGCCGUGUCCUUCAGAGAUAAUGUCACCAGUCCUCUUCCUUCUCUUCUGGUUGUAAUUGCAGCCAUUUUCAUUGGAUUCUUUCUAGGGAAAUUCAUCUUGUAGAGUGAAGCAUGCAGAGUGCUGUUUCUUUUUUCUUUUCUCUCGACCAGAAAAAGAUUUGUUUACCUACCAUUUCAUUGGUAGUAUGGCCCGCGGUGACCAUGGCCCGUGGUGACCAUUUUUUUUUGUGUGUACAGCGUCAUAUAGGCUUUGCCUUUAAUGAUCUCUUACGGUUAGAAAACACAAUAAAAACAAACUGUUCGGCUACUGGACAAAUUGUAUAUUACCAGAUCAUCACUAGCAGAUGCCAGUCGCACAUCCAGUCCUUUAUGAAAUUCAUAAUAAAGAAUUGUUCUUUCUUUGUGGUUUUAAUAAGAGUUCAAGAAUUGUUCAGUCUUGUAAAUGUUAUUUUAAUAAUCCCUUUAAAUUUUAUCUGUUGCUGUUACCUCUUGAAAUAUGAUUUAUUUAGAUUGCUAAUCCCACUCAUUCAGGAAAUGCCAAGAGGUUUUCUGUGGGGGAAAUGGUGCCUCUUACUGUGUAAAUUUUCUCCUUUACCUUUGCUAAUAUCAUGGCAGAAUUUUCUUAUCCCUUGUGAGGCAGUUUGUUGACUGAGUUUUUCAUCCUUACAAUCCUGUCCCAUGGUAUUUAACAUAAAAAAUAAAACUGUUAACAGAUUCUUGCUCGACA